GGAGCGGCCGCCAUCAUGGCCUCCGCCGCCGCGCACCCGGCCCCCCCGCCCGCCGCCGCCCCGGCUGUCGCCGCCGCCUCCUCGUCCGCCGCCCCGCCGCCGCCGCCACCGCCCCCCGCCGCUCCGGGCAUCCUGAUCGGCGACCGGCUGUACUCGGAGGUGUCGCUCACCAUCGACCACUCGCUCAUCCCCGAGGAGCGGCUCUCGCCCACCCCUUCCAUGCAGGACGGCCUGGACCUGCAGUGCGAGACCGACCUGCGCAUCCUGGGCUGCGAGCUGAUCCAGGCGGCCGGCAUCCUGCUGCGCCUGCCGCAGGUGGCGAUGGCGACCGGACAGGUGCUUUUCCACCGCUUCUUCUACUCCAAGUCCUUCGUCAAGCACAGCUUCGAGAUCGUCGCCAUGGCCUGCAUUAACCUCGCGUCUAAAAUCGAAGAGGCGCCGCGGCGGAUCAGGGACGUGAUCAACGUGUUCCACCACCUGAGGCAGCUCAGAGCCAAAAGGACUCCAAGCCCCCUGAUACUUGAUCAGAACUACAUAAACACCAAAAAUCAAGUAAUCAAAGCAGAAAGAAGGGUACUGAAGGAGUUGGGAUUUUGUGUUCAUGUCAAGCAUCCACACAAGAUCAUUGUGAUGUAUUUACAAGUCUUAGAGUGUGAACGUAAUCAAACCCUGGUACAGACAGCCUGGAAUUACAUGAAUGACAGCCUGCGAACAAACGUGUUUGUUCGCUUUCAGCCAGAGACUAUAGCAUGUGCUUGCAUUUAUCUUGCUGCUAGAGCUCUGCAGAUCCCGCUGCCCACCCGCCCGCACUGGUUCUUGCUCUUCGGCACCACGGAAGAGGAGAUCCAGGAGAUUUGCCUCACAACUCUGAAGCUCUACACCAGAAAGAAGCCCAAUUACGAGCUGCUGGAUAAAGAAGUGGAAAAAAGGAAAAUGGCACUACAGGAAGCUAAACUGAAGGCAAAAGGCUUAAAUCCGGAUGGAACUCCAGCACUUUCGACACUGGGUGGCUUUUCUCCUGCAUCCAAACCAUCUUCUCCAAGAGAAGUGAAAACUGAAGAGAAGAGUCCGGUACCUUUGAACACCAAAACCAUUAAAAAAGAGCCAGAAGAAAGGCAGCAAGCUUCCAAGAGCCCUUACAAUGGCAUGAGGAAAGAAAGCAAGAGAAGUAGGAGCAGCAGAAGUGCCAGUCGGUCCAGGUCCAGGACAAAGUCCCGCUCUCGCUCUCAUACUCCCAGGCGGCACUACAAUAACAGGCGCAGUCUGUCUGGCACGUACAGCUCGAGGUCGAGAAGCAGGUCCCGCAGCCACAGCGGCAGCCCUCGCAGGCACCACAACCACGGCUCUCCGCACCUGAAGGCCAAGCACGGCAGGGAGGAGCUGAAGAGCGCAAACAGACACGGCCACAAAAGGAAAAAGUCUCGCUCGCGGUCGCAGAGCAAAUCCAGGGAUCAUUCUGAUGCUGCCAAGAAACACAGGCACGAGAGGGGGCACCACAGAGACAGGCGGGAGAGAUCCCGCUCCUUCGAGAGGUCCCACAAAGGGAAACAUCACAGCAGCAGCCGGUCGGGGCACAGCAGGCACAGGCGCUGAGCACUGAGCCGGGCUGGGUUCCGGCGGAGCCUGUACAUAAAACACAGCAUGGACUCGGGGGAGAGCAAGGGAAUCGAUGAGCAUUUGAUUAAUUUAAACCCAGUAUCUGAUUUUUCUAAAACAAGUAGAGCGUUUUUCUUUUGGGAAAGAAACUGUUACCAACUUUUGCACAUAAUACCUUAGCAGUAUCAGACGGAUGGAGAACAGCGAUCAGGUUGAACUGUAUGUAGUAGAGUUGUGUAUUGUUUAUUGAUAUGAGAACUGGAGAAUGGAUUUCUGUACAAAAGCGAAAUGUACCUUAUUUUUAUACAAGUCAAUUGCAGACACUUAUAUUUAAGUAUAGUUAUUUGUUUAAACGAUGGUGGAUACUUUCUUACACUGGUUUUAGUCUGCAUGUGUUAAAAGAUUUUUACAAGAAAUAAAAUCUAAGGCUUUUUCUACUGCCUAUUGGAUGUCAAA